GCUAUAGAAGUUAGUUAAAUAAACACAAGUGUGAGGGUCAAAAUUAUAAAAAAAUUAGACGUAAACGAUCACGGAAGCCGAGAGAAUUAUUCGUAUAUUAUUUGUACGUUAUACGGCCUUAGAGUGUCAGAGAGUUCAGACGUUCGUAUUCAAGACAAGAAACUUAACCUGAAAACGGAUCAAAUAAAAUAAUAGAUUUGAGGUUAUGCAGUAACCAGACAAGGAAUGAGAAAAAAUAAUGAAUACCGAUGAAAACUGGCAAAAUUACACUGAAAAAAAGUAUAUUAGAUUUAAAUCUACAAAACAAUCUGAUAGUCAUGGUAAUAAAAUUCAAAAUGUUAAAAAUCAAUUAAAUAUCGGAAAAUAUCGUCAAAAGAAACAAGGUGUUUCUCUUGCACAAUUCUUACAAACGGAAUUAACAAGAGGUUAUCAAUUAGAAAAUGAUGAAGAGAGGUUUUCUGCAAGAAGAGAGAAAAUUUAUUCUUUUAUGAAAAUUCCAAGAGAAGUUGAAAAAUUUAUGGCCUAUGGAUUUUUACAAUGUGCAGAUUCUUUUUUAUUUGUUUAUACAUUUCUUCCACUAAGAUUUAUGAUGGCACUGUGGACAAUAAUUACGAGACCCUUAUUACACUGCUUUGGAAAGGAAAGGAGUAAUUUAAAAGUUGGAGAACGGCAUCUAAAACCAGCAGAGAUUUGCGAUCUUUUAAAGGGAAUUGUGGUGAUCAGCUGUUGGGCAGCUACAUGGAAGGUUGACACCUCUAUGAUGUACCAUUUGGUGAAAAGUCAAUCAGUAAUAAAAUUGUAUAUAUUUUAUAAUAUGCUGGAAGUCGGUGAUAGAUUGUUUAGCGCUUUUGGCCAAGAUACAAUAGAUGCUCUUCUAUGGACAGCUACAGAGCCUAGAUCAAAAACGCAAACACAAACAUCUCAACAUUUGGGCACUCUACCUCAUCUAUUGUUUGCUGUUGCUUAUGUUUUAUUACAUAGUAUAUUGGUGCUUUUCCAAGCAACGACUUUGAAUGUUGCCAUUAAUAGCAGCAACAAGGCGCUACUUACUAUAAUGAUGUCUAAUAAUUUCGUAGAAUUAAAAGGUUCCGUUUUUAAGAAAUUUGACAAGAAGAAUCUAUUUCAAUUAUCUUGUGCAGACGUGAGAGAACGUUUUCAUUUGAUGAUGCUUCUUCUUGCUGUGAAUCUGCAAACAAUGAAAGAAUACGCAUGGAAAGCGGAACGACUUGCAGUGCUAUUGCCAGAUUGUAUAAUGUUGCUCUUGGCGGAAGUCCUCGUAGAUUGGGUGAAGCACGCUUUUAUAACUCGUUUCAACGAACUACGUUCAACAGUAUACAGGGAUUAUACAAUAAGUUUAGCGUAUGACAUGGCUCAAACUCGUGAUGAGACCGCCUUUUCUGAUGCUUCGGACCUUGUAGCCCGCAGGAUGGGUUUUAUUCCUCUUCCGCUAGGUGUCGCAAUGGGAAGAGUACUUUGCACGACUAUCACGCCGUCUGCCAAACCAGCCAACAUAAUUUUGUUGUUUCUGGCAUAUCUAAUAUUAGUGGCAUUCAAGAUUUUAAAUAGUUUGAUAAUUCUUGGUAAGGCAUGUGAUUUCAUUUCGUCACAUUCCACGGAGCCUGAUAAUGAAGUGACUUCUUUGAAACAUUCUUCAACAAGUACCGAUAUAAAAAAUCCAAAUUUAGCUACAGCAAUUUUUUCCAAUAGUGCAAUUAGUUUAAAUAACGUUUGUCUCAACGAAGCUGUCUUGAAGGAGGAAAUAGAAUACAUGGAUGUGAUUCGGCCAAUAAUGACAAGACAUGAAGUCCAGCCAGAUCUACAUUCCUUUGGCUAGUCAAUUUCUCAUGGAUGAAGUAUACGAUUAAAAAUUUUGAUUUUUAUUUUAUGUA